UUAGGCGCCGCCGGUUUGGCUAUUCGCCCGCCAUUUUGGCCCGCUCUGUGUGAGAGCAGCUCAGGCGGUCGCUUCGGCCUCGGGGGUGAGCAAGGAGAUUCCAGACUCAAUGAACUGAAAUGUCGGAGAAGUCAAGCCAGAGCACAAAAGCAAAGGACGGGAAAACAAAGUAUGCAACACUUAGUUUGUUCAACACAUAUAAGGGAAAGACUCUGGAAACACAGAAAACUACAGUUACAACUCGUCAUGGAUUACAGAGUCUUGGGAAAGUUGCCAUUUCACGGAGAAUGCCUCCUCCAGCUAACCUCCCCAGUCUUAAAGCAGAAAACAAAGGAAAUGAUCCUAAUAUAAACAUUGUGCCUAAGGAUGGCACAGGUUGGGCUUCUAAACAAGAACACCAUGAGGAAGAAAAACAGGCAGAAGUGCCACAGGUGCAGCCAAAACCUGCAGUUCCUGCUCCUCCAGAAACACCUCCUGUUGUCAAAUCCUGGGCUAAUACCAAGCAAGGUGGACAGGGUGAUGGUCCUGGAGUUCAAAUAAAUAGCUAUUUCCAGCAAGAGUUUCCUAGUUUGCAGGCAGCGGGAGAUCAAGAAAAGGGAAAUAAAGAAAAGGAUGCAGCUGAAGAGCCUUAUGGUCCUGGGCCAAGUUUGCGUCCACAAAAUGUUGCUAGCUGGAGAGAAGGUGGAGGCAGAAGUUUAAACUCCCCAAACUCUCCAACUGAUCAAGAAGCAAAACCUCUUAUUCAAGAAGAUGGUAAUGUGCCUGGACCAACAGAACAAAGUGAUGUCCUUAAGAUAACAGAAAAGAAGGAUAUACGAAUAGCACAGCCUCCCCCACCCAAGAUGAAUGGCCAGCAGCAGCAGACAGGGAUCCUUCCUCAAUAUAGAGGAAUGAUACCACCAUAUAUGCUUAAUCAGUACCCUAAACUAGCAUAUCCACCAAUGGCAGGUCCCAGCAGAUUUCCUGCCCCACCUGAGAGCAACAGAGGCCCAAGGGGAAGGGGGCCUUCUUCAUGGAACUCAGAAACUGUAGAACGUCCAUCCAUCCUAAGUGCCAAUGAACUCAAAGAACUUGAUAAAUUUGAUAAUUUAGAUGCUGAAGCGGAUGAGGGCUGGGCUGGAGCUCAAAGUGAAGUAGAUUAUACUGAACAGUUGAACUUCAGUGAUGAUGAUGACCAGGGAAGUAAUCAGAAAGAACAGGAAAGCAGUAAUGAAUCUACUAAAGAUCUGGACAAGAAAGAUAUAGAAGAGCCUAAAUCAUCUGCUCCUUUGCCAUCAGUUGGAUCAAAAGGAACAUAUAAUAAAAGCAGUCAGUUUGACCAGGGACGUGGACUGUUACCAUCACAACCUUCAGUACUUGAGAGAAGCAGUUCUGGACUUCAUGUAAAAUCUGCUCUUCAGCAUCCACUUCCAGAUCGUAUGGGAGGGCCAGGAAGACAAGGUUCCUUUCCUCCGAGGCCAGUACCAGAUGAAGAUGAGAUUUGGAAGCAGAGGCGAAGACAGCAAACAGAAAUAUCUGCAUCGGUAGAACGAGCCCGUAAAAGGCGAGAAGAAGAGGAACGAAGAAUGGAGGAGCAAAGAAAAGCUGCAUGUGCUGAGAAAUUAAAACGCUUAAAUGAGAAAUUUGGGUGUGUACCAAAACCAACCCGGGAAGAUCCAUUGAAAGAAAAAGAAAAGAUCAAGGAAAAAGACAUUGAAAAGGAAAAGGAAAAAGCUUUUGAAAAGGAGAAAGAAAAAUUGAUAGACAUGGAAAUAAACGAAAAAGAAAACCAAGAAAAAGGAAAAGAAAUAGAAAAGGAGAAAGAAAGAGAGGAGAAAGAAGAAGUGGAAGAGAAACCUACAGCAGAUGACAAACCUAAAGAUGAAAUUUCUGAGUCUCAGGAGUCUGUCAUUGCUCCAGUGAUAUUAGAGAAACAAGAAAAAGAAAGCAUCAGUGAGGAAGAGAGAGAUUAUCAACUUGUUUCCACCAUGCAAGAAAGCAAUCUGAACGAAAGGGACAAUUCACAUGAAAGUGAGCCUGAUUCUGGUGCUCAGCCUCGUCCUGCCGUUUCUUCUGGCUAUUCAAAGCAGUUUCAGAAAUCGUUGCCACCACGAUUUCAGAGGCAACAGGAGCAAAUGAAGCAGCAGCAGUGGCAACAGCAGCAGCAAGGGGUUUUACCACAAUCUACACCAUCACAACCUUCUAGCAGUCCUGUUCCCCCACCACCACAUAGACCAUUGUACCAACCCAUGCAACCACACCCUCCACAUCUGGCUUCUAUGGGCUUUGAUCCAAGGUGGCUCAUGAUGCAAUCUUACGUGGAUCCAAGAAUGAUGUCAGGAAGACCUGCUAUGGAUAUGCCACCUAUGCAUCCUGGAAUUAUACCUCCUAAACCACUUCUGAGAAGGGAUCAGAUAGAGGGGACAGGAACUGGUUCAGAUUCUUUUGAUCAUGUUAGUCGAUCAGCGAGGGAACAUGCCAUACCACUGACAGAAUCACGUAUGAUGUGGGGGUCAGAACCGUAUGCUCACACAGAUCCUCAACAGACUAGUACCUCCCCCAAAAUCCUCGAAGAAACUGUUGAUAUAAGGUCUGAGGAACUUUUGGAUCAAGAGCAAAUAACUGUUCAAGCGGUAUACACAGGAGAAGAAAAUCAGUUGGACCCCCAUAUAAAGACAGACUUCUUCAAAGAAUCUGAGGAUGUGAACAUACAGCAGACUUCAAACAGAUCUUUAGAAAAUACACAGCCUCAUCAAUCAGACACAUGUCUACCAACAGUAAGUUUUGAAGUAACUGCAGGAAAUGUUUCAGAAAGCUCCAAAGAAGAGCAGGUGCCUAUAGAAGAGAGUAAUUCUUCUCUGAAAAAGAGCAUUUCUCAUGGAUCAACUCAUUCUCUGAAGUCAGAAGAGCCAGGGAGUGAUACACAGGCAAAUGUUCCAAAAUUAAACAACAGACACACUGAAACAAAAGAACCGCUGCUUGAAAGAGUGGACAGCAAGCAAAAAAAGGAGGGGUUUACAACUAGUAGGUUGUCAGAGGGACCAAAACCUGAAAAGUCUUUUAAACCUAAAUCUGAAACUAGGUGGGGUCCAAGGCCAGGGUACGGCAGAAGAGAGGAAGGUAGUGACAGGCCAGUGAGAAGAUCUGGUCCUAUUAAAAAGCCUAUUCUUCGUGAUAUGAAAGAAGAGCGUGAACAAAGAGAAGAACGUGAACAGAAGAGAGAAAGAGAGGGAGAAAGAUUGACAAAUGAGAGAGUCAGCAAAAUUGAGAAAAGGGAGCAGCCUCAGAUGCUAAUUUCCAGGUUAGAACCAGAGAAGACCACUACAGAUGGCAAGAAAAUAUUGCAAAACACAUUACAAGCUUCAGAGUGUACAGACAGCCCCACGGAAUCUAUAAUUACACCUGCUGUUCAGCAGCCUCUCAUUGUGCAGCAGGCAGCAGCAGUACUUCCUGUAUCUCAGCAGCCAGCUGCAAUCCAAACACCUCCACCUUCAGUUCCCCAGCCAGUCAGUCCACAAACUGCAGUUGAGGCUCCACCACUUACUGUACAACAGUUAUCGGUUCAACAACCUGUCAGUAUAAAGGAAGAAAAACAGCCAGAAAAAGUAAUUAACAAAGAACGAACUGUAGAAAGACCUGGUAUUGAAACCAGACCAGUAAAAAGAGAACCUGGAUUAUCUCCCAGAACAUACUGGAAAGAAGCUAGGGACUGGUUCCCAGACCAAGGAUACAGAGGGAGAGGGCGUGGAGAAUAUUACUCUAGGGGGCGCAGCUAUAGAGGUUCUUAUGGAGGCAGGGGUCGAGGUGGGAGAGGUCACAAUAGAGACUAUCCACAUUACCGAGAUACUAAACCUAGAGUAGAACAUGUCCCUUCUGGUCCUCUUAGGCAGAGAGAGGAGAGUGAAACCCGUAGUGAGAGCUCUGAUUUUGAAGUUGUUCCAAAACGGCGAAGACAAAGAGGCUCAGAAACUGACUCUGACAGUGAAGUACAUGAAAGUGCAAGUGACACUCUUCUUUCAGACAAGGACAGCUUAAGCAAAGGCAAACACACAAAGAGAGAAGAAAGGGUAGAUGUUAAAAAACCUUCAAAAGCCCUGUUAUCUUUCAAACCUGAAAAUAACAUUCGAGGGGACCAUAGAGUUGUAGAUAAAACAUAUGUAAGGGAAGAUGAGAAUAAGACCAAACCAGGUUUUCUUCCUAAAGGAGAACCUUCUAGACGUGGCAGAGGAGGGAUGUUUAGGCGUGGUGGAAGAGAUCCAGUUGGCCGCCCACCUCGACCAUCUAUUCUUAGGAGACCAGGAUACAGAGAGAAUCAGUGGAACCCAAGGCAAACGGAAACCUCCAAAGUUGAAGAUGGAGAACCACAACGAAGGCAUGAGCAUUAUGGCCCUAUACAGUUGGAUAAAAGACCUCCUGCAAAAUUUGAAAGGAAAUUUGAUCCUGUAAGGGAACGACCACGAAGACAAAGGCCUGCACGACCUCCCAGGCAAGAUAAGCCACCACGCUUUAGACGUUUAAAAGAAAGAGAGGCAGCAUCAAAAAUAAUUGAAGUCACAACCAGUUCAUCAUCAAGUGUGGCAGUGAGUAAUGCUGUUAAUGAGCAGCCAAGCACUACUUUGGAGGUUUCAGGAAGUAAAACACCUGACUUGUCCAAUCAAAACUCUUCAGACCAGGCAAAUGAAGAGUGGGAAACCGCUUCAGAAAGUAGUGAUUUCAAUGAGAGACGUGAGAGGGAUGAAAAAAAAUUAGCAGACAUCACAGCACAGGGAGCUGUUAAGACAGGAGAAAACACAUUAAUUCCCAAAAGAGAAAUAGCUAAGAGAAGUUUUUCCAGUCAGAGACCUGGGAUUGAUCGGCAGAAUCGCCGUGGCAAUAGUGGCCCAUCCAAAUCCGGACGAAACUUUUCAGGGCCAAGAAAUGAAAGGAGAAGCGGCCCUCCAAUAAGACCUGGGAAAAGGGGACCAUUUGAAGAACAGAUACCUGUUAUGAUUAGCACUGAACCAAUAAACAACAGUUUACAUCUGGAGGAAAAUGGUAACGGUGCUGCUGUGCUGAAAGGUUCCAAAGAUAGCAACAACAAGAAACGGGAAGAGCCCAAGUCUGGGCCAAAGAAACCCAAAGAAAAAGUUGAUGCAAUCUCUCAGUUUGAUCUUAAUAACUAUGCAAGCGUUGUCAUUAUUGAUGACCACCCUGAAGUGACAGUGGUUGAAGAUUCCCAGUCCAGCUUGAACAAUGAUGGCUUUACUGAAGUAGUGUCAAAAAAACAGCAAAAACGUUUGCAAGAUGAAGAACGUAGAAAAAAAGAGGAACAAACAGUACAGGUUUGGACCAAAAAGAAUUCAAGUGAAAAGGGAAGAUGCCCAAAUUCUAAGCUACCACCCAGGUUUGCCAAAAAGCAACAACAGGCAACUGCGGCGGCGGCGGCUGCUGCUGCUGCAGCUGCUGCUCAACAAGGUCAGGCUCAACCGCAACUCCCAUUGCAAUGUGUGUCUCAGAUUCCAAGUCCACAAACUUCAGUUCAGCCACAAACACAAGCAAGUUGUGCAGUGAACGUCUGUACAGACUAUGCAGGAACAAGCAAAAAUCUGCAGAAUGCACCUGCCCAUAAUGCUGUAGGAACUGAAUUAUGGGAUAAUAAAGUACCCCCUACAACCGUCCUCAGUGACAUCUCUAAAAAAUUAGGACCCAUUAGUCCUCCACAGCCACCUUCUGUCAGUGCAUGGAAUAAGCCUUUGACAUCAUUUGGAUCAGUUACGUCACCAGAGAUACAGCAAGACAUUUGGACAGAGAUAGGCACAGACAGAUCCAGGCAGGGAACACCUCCUGGACAGGAAAGUGGAAUUGAUUUGGGGAUAGAAACUAUUCAGUUUGGAGCUCCAGCCUCUAGUGGGAGUGAUAGUGAAGUUGGCCCAGUUUCAGAUAAGGCCUCGGAGAAGCUUCUUGAACCAAAAGAACAAAGGCAAAAGCAACCCCGUGCAGGACCUAUAAAAGCACAGAAGCUUCCAGAUAUGAAUCCAGUAGAAAACAAAGAAUACAAGCCUGGCCCAAUUGGGAAAGAACGAUCACUAAAGAACAAAAAAGUAAAGGAGGCUCAACAGGGUGAUUCUGAGGUGCAAGAAAAGUCCAGUCCUACUACAGUCAGAAGCCCAGAUCCUAUUACUUCUAAAGAAACCAAGGCAGCUAAUGAACUUAGUACAGAAAUAGGAACAAUGAUAUCAGUGCCUGCUGCAGAAUUUGGAACAACCCAGAAAGAGUCUGUAACGGAUUAUACAACACCGUCUUCUCAUUCCAGUACAGUGGCAACAAGCAGUGCAAAGAUGGAAGAGGCUUUAGUUACAAAUGUGCCCCUGCCCCACACCCUUCCCCUCCCUAGGAGGGAGACUCUACAACAGAGCUCCAGCCUAACUCCAGUUUCUCCCGCUACCGUCGACCUCACCCUCAAGAUGGAAUCUGCUCGCAAAGCGUGGGAGAAUUCACCAAAUGUGGGAGAAAAGAGUUCACCUGUUACAUCAUCAGCAUCUCCUGUUACUGGUGGUAAUAAUAGUGGCAGUGGAGGUGGGAACAGCAGCAGUAGCAGUGGACCAACCAGUGGUACAUACAGCUCUUUUUCAAGUGCAUCAAUGCCUCCCAUUCCUGUAGCUUCUGUUACACCUACAACUUCAUUGUCAGGAGCUGGAACAUACACUACUUCCUCACUGAGUACAAAAACCACUACAACCUCCGAUCCACCCAACAUCUGUAAAGUGAAGCCACAACAGUUACAAACAAGCAAUUUAGCAUCCGCUGGUCAUUUUUCCCAAUUAAGCUGUAUGCCAUCUCUGAUUGCCCAACAACAGCAAAGUCCACAGGUCUAUGUGUCUCAAUCAACAGCAGCUCAAAUUCCUGCUUUCUAUAUGGAUACAACUCAUCUAUUCAACACCCAACAUGCACGUUUGGCUCCUCCUUCCCUUGCCCAGCAGCAAGGAUUUCAACCAGGACUCUCACAGCCUACUUCAGUUCAGCAGAUACCAAUCCCAAUAUACGCCCCUCUUCAAGGGCAGCAUCAAGCCCAGCUGAGCUUAGGAGCGGCACCUGCUGUCUCCCAGGCUCAGGAGUUGUUUAAUUCUUCUCUGCAGCCAUACAGAUCUCAGCAGGCAUUUAUGCAAAGUGGCUUGUCUCAGCCAUCUCCAGUGGUUCUUUCGGGCACAGCUUUACACAACUUCCCAGCAGUGCAGCAUCAAGAACUUGCCAAGGCACAGUCAAGCCUUGCAUUUCAACAGACAUCCAACACUCAACCUAUUCCUAUCCUGUACGAGCAUCAGUUGGGUCAAGCUUCAGGAUUAGGAGGUUCCCAGCUUAUUGAUACACAUCUGCUCCAGGCGAGAGCUACUCUUACCCAGGCCUCAAAUUUGUAUUCUGGACAGGUUCAGCAACCAGGUCAGACAAGUUUUUAUAACACUGCUCAGUCUCCCAGUACUCUCCAGCAGGUAAACUAUGGCAUGGUGACAGUACCUAUACCAGGAUCACAACUUUCUUUGCCCAACUUUGGAUCAGCAGGCCAGCCUUUAAUUGCUCUUCCACAAUCCCUUCAGCCUCCAUUGCAGCACACACCACCACAACCUCAGGCUCAAAGCCUGAGUCGGCCAACCCAAGUAGGUCAGCCUUUCAGAGGACUAAUUCCAGCUGGAACUCAGCACAGCAUUAUAACUGGGAAGAUGUCAGAAAUGGACUUGAAGGCUUUUGGAAGUGGUAUUGAUAAGCCAGGCACUCCUCCAGUUUCUGGACGAAGCACCACCCCAACUUCUAGCCCCUUCCGGGCUGUCUCUACAAGUCCAAACAGUCAGUCCAAUAAAAUGAACACCAUUAUUUACCAGAAGCAGUUUCAGUCAGCAGCUGUGAGAAUGACUCAACCAUUUCCUCCUCAGUUUGCACCGCAGAUCCUCUCUCAGCCUAACCUGGUCCCUCCAUUGGUAAGAGCCCCACAUACUAACACCUUCCCAGCACCCGUUCAGAGGCCGCCAUUGGCACUGGCUAGUCAGAUGCCACCUCAGAUGACCACAGGUCUUUUGAGCCACCCUCGUUUGCCACAUGUGGCGAGGGGUCCUUGUGGAUCAUUCUCUGGAGUCAGAGGCAAUCAGGCCCAGGCUGCGAUGAAGGCUGAACAAGACAUAAAGGCAAAGCAGAGAGCAGAAGUCAUUCAGUCAACACAGAGAUUCUUCUCUGAACAGCAGCAGAGUAAGCCACCUGGAGGCAAAAUACAGAAAGUGGGUGACAAUGGGAAUAAAGCUCCAGAGGCAGUGACAGACUCCACCUCUGGAGUCUGCCAAGACAAAGUGGAAGAGAAACAGAAUCCUGCAACAGCACCCAAGCCUAUUAGAACUGGUCCAAUCAAACCUCAGGCCAUCAAGACAGAAGAAACAAAAUCAUAAGUAAUUUGUCUGCAUACCAAUAUGGAGAGUGAAGUGACAGCUGAACAAAUCUUUAGCCCAGAGGGCAAGACGUACCUGUUCAAAGCUAUGAGUAGCAAAAGCAGAGACAGAUGUGAUCAGCUAUGAGCGCUAAAGAUCUGGAAUCGUGGGACUUAUAUUUUCUAUGCCAUUGCAUGAAUGAAUGUGAUCAAUCUGAAUUGAAGCACCUGUCUGUUUUUCAAGGAUGCAAAAUUAAAUAAUGCUCCUGAGGUAUUUUAUUAGCCAAAGGUAAACAUUCUCCUUUUUGCUUCUGAUUUAUUUAGGGCAGAUUGGAGAACACCACGCUGGAUAGAACACUGGGUUUGAUUUUGUGCUGCUCAUGUCCAAAUAAGAUGUUGUUCUUUCAGAAUGGAGCAAGAGAAUUUACAGCAAUGAAUAAAGUCAUAAAGAGCAGCUUAAUCACCCUCCAUUCUUCCCCUACCUCCCACCGCACACCAUUUCAUUUUGUAAAUGUUUGUUGUCAGAUUUCCAAGAAAGGCAGGAUAUGUCUGCUACUACAGUUUGAUUAUGGUGCUGAAUUUAACCGAAAAAAAAAGAUGCGAAUUGCUUCUCCACAUUAAUGUAAUACCGGAAGGGCAGAUUUGGGAGGCUCCCUUCAGGAGUUAUAUUUGCCAGUUACAUUGAGCUUGAACUACACAGUGCUUGAGAAGAAAGCCUUUGGCCUUAAAAUGCUUCUCAGUUUAUGUGAAUAUAAAGCAACAAGCACUUGAUCUUGGGCCACAAAAUACCAGAUAUUUAUAUCAAAGCUGCAUCACACUUUCUUUCUGCUCAUUGUGCUGGAAAAUAGAAUCAAGUCAAAUAAUGCCUUUAAUUGUAUCCUUUAGUAGUAUAGCUGUAGGGAAAGUACUGUAUGAUAACUUCUGUGAAUGUAAAAUAUCUCAUUCCUGCUUACAAUAUGUAGUUGUGACUGUGCUAUAGCAGAGCUGUUUAAAUGAAGUUACUCAGACUUUUCAAGUCAAUUGGAAGGCACCACAUUGGCACAUCAUUUACCGAACUGUUUCUUCUGAGAAUUUCUUUCUUUCCCCAACACCUUUCUGGAACAAAGAAUGAAUCAAAAAAGUGUAAUGUGUAUAAUUUUGUUCAGAUGAUGGCAAAAUCUGGAAAAGUCUGUUGCUGCUAUUGAUGCCUAGUGAAAUGCUGUUGGUUAUCUUUUUUAUAUAAAUAUUAUAAUUUGCAUUUUUUGGAAAUUUAGCUGUGAUGUCAGCUUUGGAGAAAGAUAUCCACUUGUACUGUGAGUUGGCAUUGUACAGAAAUUAACAGCCAUAUUGGUCUAGAAAAGUUUAAACUUUUUUUUUCAUUUGUACAGGGGUAACGCACUGUAUUAAAUAUGUAAGGUCUUAUUUACAUGGGUUUGAUUACAGAAACUAAUAAAAUAUUCUCUACAUAAAA